GUUUAAGGAUUUGAGGGUCAUGUGUAGUACAUGGGGAUACAACAUCCUCCCUUUCUUAAGAAGAGUUUGACCUCAAACUCGGAAUUUUUUCAGGAUCAAAAUAUGGACUGAGAUCUUUCACGUUAAAUGUAGCCGAGACUCCAUAACCUCCCAGAAGGUUGUUUUGUUCGGGGUCCUGUUGCCAUACAAAAUAAAGAACCAUCAAAUAAACAUCAUUGUGAUCACACUUUAUCAAAGUAGACCACGUCCAGGCUCUUGCAUAAUCGACUUCCAGCUUCUAGUACCAUGCAUCAUUCCAACAAUAGUACGGUAGGCAAAACAAGGGCAUGAAGGGAGAAUAUAUUGGGGGUACCAGCAUAGCCAAGAUAACCCAAGCUCUUCCAAAUACCCCAGCCGAAAGGGUCAAGACGAGCAUUAGGUAGCGUGCCAGCCGGACCAAAAAGGCAAAAUACAACAUAAUAACCAACCCCAAUCGGAUUGGUGUUACCUCCACCAUGAGGCAAAACUGGGUAAAGAAUCAGCUUCACUUUCGAACAUAAAUCAGCUGCAAACAGAUCCAAAAGCAGCGGGGAAUACAAGCCAAUACGCUGCCCAGGGACACCAUAAAACUUCCAAACUGUUUCAGGUACACCAUAAGCGAACCCACCCACAACAGGACUGCCCAAACAGCCCUCAAACAAAUGGCAGUAGCAUUUUCCACUGUCAACUUCCACAGCGAGGAAGUGACGUUAUCCAGCCCAUGGUUCCAGCAUCCUCUCCGGCAAUAGGACUUCUAGGACCAGCAACAAGACAUGCCAAGCCCUGUCCCCAAUCCUUAGUCACGCAGGACAAAAACAGCAAGUAUUACUAUCCAUUCCAGCGAGUCAAAGUCCUUGUUGUUAGAGGUAUAUAAACCAGUAGUCAGUCUGGUUUUAAGCCAUAUACCAACUGCCGUCAAGUGUUAGUAAGAACCAAUCCAUAGCUUGCCUUCAGUUCAGCAAACUCAUCACCAAAAGUAGUGCAGUUUCUGCAUUUCAGUAAGGUCAAAGGCAGCCCCAACCUAGCUGGUCAGAGGUUGAGUUCAGCCACUCUAGAAGGUUUCCAAAGAUUGGCAUGUUGAAACCAGUCCAAAGCUUAAAUUGCAGUUCCAGCCCCACUAUUUGACACAAUUCAUAGAUUCAAAAUCCUCCACGAAGCAUGAACCAGAGCUCCAGGUUUACGCAAUUAACACUUCAAACACAAGCAGUCAAGAAUCAUGUGCUCUGGGCAGAUUUGGGCAUUUCCCAGCCCCAACAGCCUACUCAUACAGUUCUUCCAUGGCUUCAGGUCCUCCUCGACAAAAAACACCCACAAAAAACCAACACAAGACUCUCAUGGUUCCAAAGUCAGGACCAUGGUUCAAUCCAAAAAAGGAGCAAGAACAGAACGGAAUAUCAACCACAAAAACAAAUUCACAACGGCAAAAACAUCCACAAGAAUCAAUUGACCAAGACGAAACAAGAACCAGUGAAUGCCAGCUCCAAUGUCACGCAGUGAACAGUGAUUUCGCAACCUCAAAAAUCCUCAAAUCAUAUGGAAAUUCAAAUGUUUGUGGAAUCCACCUUCAUACCUUGCGUGAGAAUGUCAAAAGACUAAGAAUCUCAAAAAUCUAGCCAUCAUGGGUGUCUUGGCCGAAGUGAAUCACAAAAUCAAAAACGCAGAUGAAUAGUGAAAGUAGCGACGUUGACCUCCAAUUCGUCGGAUUCCAUCUUCAAAAAUCAGCGAUUAGACUCUGAUAUAGAUUCACUUGCUGAAGGCGAAUUCAGAGCUCCAAAAAUCACAAGAAUCGAGCCAAAAUCAAGGUGGAGAUCAGAAGUCAACUUCGCCAAAUCUGAUUUGCUUGCUGACCGAUUCUCGUGGAACCGUGCGCCAAAUCCUGUUCGUCUAUUGCAUCAAAUCCGAAAGGAAGGGAUAACAAAAAGAAAUUGUGGGUUUUCCUCUCAUCUUUGCUAUCAUUUCUGGGAUUAAAUCUUUAUCUCAUUUGAGCUGAUUUAGGAUUCUUGUGAUUCUUUAUUUGAUAGAUCCCAUCUUUAUGGUUGUAAAGAAGAAGGAACCCAAUUACAAUUUCCAAAGAAGUGAAAAGAGAAAUUAGGAAGAGUGAGAAUGAAAUUUAGAGGAGGGA